UCGCCUUCCACGACGGACGUAUCGACGACUGAAGCGCGCGCGGGAAAAAUAGUUCUUUUUUCGAACGUUUUAUAAACUUUUCCUUUUUUAUUCUCUACAUUAUUUCUUGUCGGUCGCCAGUCUGUUUGGAUAUAGUGAUUAAGACUUUUUUGUGAAUACGGAAUUAGAUUUUAUUCUGCCAGUUCGCUUCAUUUGGUAACAAAAUGGAAGUUUGGCGUAAAAUACUGGCAGCUACCAUAUUUCUUCAUGCAGUCACAGCGGCCACAACAUCAUUUGAAACACACGUUGAGGAUGGCUACAGAAUAUUUAAAACAUAUUUAAGGGAUAAGGAACUCGCUACGUCAUCUACAUCUCGAGGGAUUUACGGGGAUAAAAGGGAUUACGGUAUUCUCUAUCAAGAUGAAAGGACGAGACAUACAUCAAAAUCCAACUGGCACAGAAAAUCUCAAGGGACAAACGGAAAUAAAUACCUCGAUGUGAGAAUUAGAAGUAAGAGAGAUCUAGGCCCCAGCAAUAUAAUGAUCACACAUCAUUUCACAGAUGAGACAGUGACUCCAGGUAAAGAUAUCAGUUUGCAGUGUACUGCGACAGCUAUAAGACCGCCAAGAUUCGUGUGGGAAAGAGAUGGAUUAGUUAUAUCUCUAAACUCUGAUGCAAGGUACACACUAGGUCAAAUCAUGUCCCCCUCAGGAUCAGGCGUGGUAUCCCAUCUAAACAUUACGAGGACACGAGUAGACGAUGGAGGAUUAUACUCAUGUAUUGCAGUUGAGGGUGACGCUAGUGUGAGACACGAUGGCAGAAUCGAUGUUUAUGGACCUCCAUACAUAAGAAACCUACCGCCAAUCAAAGUUCAGAGUGGUGACGGGCUAAAAUUAAGAUGCCCUUAUUAUGGAUACCCAAUCAGCAAACUUGAAUGGGAGCAUAAAGGGAAGAAGAUAAUAAGUUCGUUACUCCAACACAGCAGAUACAAGCGGACAUACUUUAGCGCGAGGAAACGCAAGAAAAGACAGUUAUAUGAUAGCGACGAUGGCGUUCUGAAUAUACCUAGAGUGGUGAAGGAAGAAAACCGAGAUACCUAUACCUGUAUUGUGUAUAGCCCUUCCGGGGAAAUGGCUAGAAGAUCAUUUGAAAUUCAAGUAGUAGAAGCACCAGAAUUGGAUGAGUUGCGAGUUGGUUCUGGAUUGAAAGAGGGGCAGAUAGUUCAAAUCACGUGCAACAUUAUUAGUGGAGACCCACCCAUAUACUUCUCUUGGUUGAAAGAUGGGAAAAAGAUUCCUGCUAACUUAAAGAUAACAGAGCGAAGCGCAGAACUAUUUAGCGUUUUGAUAAUAAAACGGGUUUCAUUGGAACAUUGCGGCAAGUACACAUGCAUAGCAACCAACCACGUCGGCAAAGUGAACCAAACCGCAAAUCUAUACAUAAACGUGGCUCCCAAAUGGAUAGAAGAACCGUCUAACACUUCACUACUAUUAGGUCACCGCGGAGCAGUCUUCUGUAAUGCCAAUGGAUACCCAACUCCACAAAUACACUGGAUGAAAAGAGAUGCGACCUUAGGAAUCUGGCGACCAGUCCUAGACUUAGCUGGAGGAGGCAUCAUGAGCUAUCCAAACGGUACCCUCAUCAUUGAAGUAGUGUCACUGUCUGAUGAAGGAAUGUACGCGUGUAACGUUGAGAAUGGAGUCGGUGACGCGCUCAAUAAGAAUUUGUGGAUCAGUAUUAAUAAGCCGGUGCACUUUGAAUCCGUGGGUUCGAACUUGACUACCAAGACAGGGCUGCCAAUAACUCUAACUUGUACACCACUGGGAGACAACCCUAUUCGAGUCAAGUGGAGUUUGGACGGGAAGCCUGUAGAUUUUACUUCUUCAAGAGUGACAAUAUCAGAAAGCAUGACCCACAACGGAAUAAAAUCCACAAUAAAUAUAAACUACGUGGAGCCGCCAGAUGGCGGUAGUUACGAGUGCAGGGCAAGCAACCCCCACGGGGUCGCCGCUUAUAACAUCUACCUGGAUAUACUCGAACCACCUACCCCGCCCAUGGACCUCCAAGUGGACUCGGUUUCCAGCAACUCAGCCAAGCUAUCGUGGAGGGAUACGAUCAUAACUCACGUACAAUAUUACACUAUGCAGUAUACUACGACGGAUUUUAUGAUGUGGGACAGCGCUAAGAGCAUCAAUAUUACCAGACAAGACACCGAAUCUCGUCAGAGCAUAGAAUUGAGAGAUCUCCAGCCUGCAGUGGACUACAGAGUGAGAGUGGCUUCUGGAAACCAGGUCGACCUCAGUCCUUAUACCCAGCCUGUACACUUUACCACACAGCAUGAAGCGCCAUCAUCAACCCCCCUCAGCGUCCAAGUCCAAGCGAGCGAGAGCCCCGGGGAGCUCCUGGUGUCGUGGCUGGCGCCGCCACGCGACAGCCAUAACGGGCCACUGCAGGGGUACCAUGUUAAGGCUGUUCCCAGGAUCAGUGGGGAGACAGGACCCAAUGAUACUCAGACCAAGAUUGUGAAAGUAGUCUUCAGGAAGGGCAAACAGGAGACUACACUAAGCGGCCUUCUGAAAAACACAAGAUACGCAGUCUCAGUGAGUGCAUUCAACUCGGCAGGGAACGGUCCAUUUUCGCUGCCUGUGUAUCAAUCGACAAGAGAAGGAGCUCCGGAACAACCGCCAUCGGGGUUGGAAUGCAGAGGGAUGUCGUCGACAUCGCUAAAGGUCUCGUGGCAACCCAUCACUGCGCAGGGUACUUCACUAAUUGGUUACUCCGUCUACUUCGGUACUGAAGAUGGAAUUUGGCAGAACAUCACGUCACCACACACAGAGUUGUAUCUUCAAGCGCUACUAAAGUACACAAACUACACGAUCAAAGUGGCAGGUUUUUCCAACUAUGGCUUAGGACCAUUUUCCUACCCCAUAGUGUGUUCCACCUUACAAGACGUGCCAGGAGCUCCAUCACAAAUCAAAGUGCUCGUUUCAUCUCCAAAUUCUCUACUCGUGAGCUGGAAGAGACCGGAGCAGCCGAAUGGGGAAAUUACACAUUACACUGUUUAUGUCAAGCCUGUGGCUAGCACGAGCCCACCUCAAAGCUACAGAGUAGAUGCAACACAAGAAUCGCUCCGGCAAGUGACGCUGUCAGUGCCGGGGCUGUCGGGCGCGCAGUACGAGGUGUUCGUGCGCGCGCACACGGCGGCGGGCGAGGGCGCGGCCGGCCGCAGGGUGCACGCGGAGUUGUCUUCUAAAGUGGUAGCUGGAGUAGCAUCUUUAGGUGGUCCCGUUUCAGUGGGAGUGGGUAGUUCCUUACUGUUAGUCUGUCAAUGUGUGGGGGUACCACCCCCUAGGACCGUGUGGUACCACAAGUUGAACAUCAUCACACACCACCCCAGGUUUACGAGGAACCAUGACGACAGCUUGCUUAUAAACAAUAUCGACCAAUCCCUGAGUGGCAACUACACUUGUCUAGCAAAAAAUCUCUACGGGUCAGACUCAGUCUCGUAUGAAGUCUCAGUGUUGCCAACACCGGAGCCUCCCAGUUUGCGGGUGACGUCACACAAAAACGCGUUGCAUUUGCAAUGGGAUAUACCCAGACGAGCUGGCAAGUCACAGAAAAUUAAUUACAACAUAACAUGGAAAGAAGCUGCUAGCUCAUCUUGGCAAAGUGCUUGGAGUAACAGAGACAGACUACAGGGGGUACAAGAAUACACUCUUCAGGGUUUAAAAUGUGGGACAAAAUACUCUGUGAGGAUAACUGCGGCUAACAGUGUUGGGGCCUCGCAGCCGACUUAUGUUGAUGCUUCUACUUUAGGAGGGGUGCCCAUAUCUCCAAGCAGUACAGAAUGGUUUUGGAGUAACGCGAGCCACAUAUACAUACAGCUUAGUGGCUGGGACGACAACGGUUGUGAGAUCUCUAGGUUCGAUGUGGAUUACAGAGAAUAUGGGAGUAAGGCUUGGAAGAAAGCUGAGAAUAGAAACCAUCAAGUCGACCAGCAAUGGAGCCACUACAUCUCACCAAUACUCAACCAACCGAAUUCUUUCGUGAUCGCAAAUCUACUGCCGUCUCAAUGGUAUCAGAUCAGAGUGACCGCUGAGAAUGCGGCGGGAGUCAGCACAGCUUUGUACAACUAUGCUACCACCACUGUGUUGGGAGAGUCCAUCGGGCCACCGUCUGACAUGUUUGACCUCAACAUGCUGGUCAUCAUCUGCAGUUCCAUACUGCUCACUAUCUGUUCACUGACCUGUGUCUAUAUACUUGUUAAGAGGCAUAACCACCAGCAUCUAACAGAAUAUAGGAACUCUCUCACAGCAGAAUGUAAAUCAGAGAGGAGCAAUGUCACAGUGAACACCCCUCAAAGUGUUCCUACUGAUGUCAACAACAGAGUAUACAGUACUCCAGUGCAUUUGACUGCCGAUACUAAACAUGAGUUGUACGAAAUAAGUCCAUACGCGCAGUUCGCUAUCGGGUUCAGAACAUUUGGACAUGUUGACAAUCAAGAAGUUCCGAGUAGAUUACAUCUCCCAGGGAACAGCAAGUCAAGAUAUGAUAGUGAAACAAGUUUUCAAAUGAGAUCAGAGUCGGAGGAGAGUGACUGCGUGUCACGGACCACAACACUGAAGAGCGCACCAAGAAAAGGUUGCAGAAUUCAACAUCAUAGGUAGCUGGAAGAUUUAUAAUUAAGAUUUUAAUGGUUGUGUUCAUUACUUGCGUAAGAUAUAUUUUUUUUAAUAUCUUCAGUCGAUAUAAUAAUAUGUAAAAAGGUGAAUAAAAUAGAUACUUUCAUAGUGCCAUAAAUAAUAUUUAAUACUUUCUUUUUCUUUUUUUUCCAUAAAUUAAUAAUGUUUAUCUAGAUAGGAUUUCUUUGUAUCAGGUAAUUUUUGAUAAUAUAUAUUGUAAAAGCGACAUAAUCAAAAUUACAAAAUUUAGCAGUUUUAUAUAUAAAUAUUAUAAUGUAAUUCAUCUUAAAAUGUCUUACCAAAUUUCUUACCAAAUUUAUAAAUCUUAUAUUUUAGAUAAAUAUAAUAAAAAAAUCCAUUUGUAAGUUGUAACAGUAAAAGUAAAGUAAAUAUUGAAUUAAAUUCAAUGCCAUAAGGCAGAUAAAAGCCAAAGAUAAUUAUAAAAUAAAAAGAAACAAUAAUUUUAAAUUAUAUUUGUGACAAAUUAUUCCUGUUAAGUGGUGAAUAUUAAGUGGUUAAUUAUGCAGCGAAAUUAAUAAAAUCACAUCCAUUUUAAACUUUCUUUACAAAAUAAUAACAUAGUGUUUUUAAUGACUUACAUUUUGUAGGUAAAUUUGAUUAAUAUACUGUCGAUGUCGAUGGAAAUUCUGUUCAAUUAUAACGACUUUUUAUGAAUGAAAUCAUCAAAUGGUAUAAUAUUAUAACGUUUUAAAUUUGAACCUCCUAAUUUCAUAAAAAGUUAUCUUUGAAAAGACUGAUUGUUUAAAUUUUAUUUGUCAAAUAAAUUAAGUGAAUCUUUGAUUUACAAAUAGAAAUAAAAUUUCGACAAAAUCAA